GUUACUCUUUGGGUGAAUUACAACCAGAAAUCUCGUGCGCAUUCCUUUCUUAUCAGCUGAGUCAACCGUUUUUUCAAAAACAUCAAUUUAAAUUUUGGCCACUUGCUGACCACACCAACUUAGUGAUUCAUUUAAUCUUGUGAUAUUAUUUUUUACUAUUAAUAUUUAUUUUAUCUCUUCAUUAUGUCCGAUACUGACUAUACAUCCGAAACUGAUGAUGCUUCAGAAACUGAAGUUGUUAUGGAAAGAUAUGACGAUGAUUAUCUUGAAAUCAAGGGACAUAGGUCGGAUAUCCUCAAUAGGAUGUACAAAGAUAAAUUAUCCAAUCUCGAAGAACAGCUGAGACAAUUAGAUGAAGGAAUACAUCCUGAUUACGUUAGAAGAAUUGAAACUUUUGAAAAAGAAUGUCAGGAUCGAUUAAUUUUAAAUGAGGCAUAUUUGGCUUACGAGACUGAAAGGAUAGAGAAGGAAUUUAUCAGUGAGCAACAGGCAGCUCUAAGAGAUUUUGAAGAACGUAAAAUUGAACUUAAGAAAAGUUUAAUUGCUGAUUUGGAGGAGAAGAAGAAAAUUGCCGAAUCCGAAAGAUUUUCUUUAGAAUUGAAUUCAGACUCAGUUGAAACUAAAACUUCAAUCACACGAAAAUUAAGAAGAAGACAAAAUGAUCCUGUGCCAGUUCCUGAAAAACGAAAGCGUGGCUUACCGACUCAGCUAAAUUAUCUCUUGGAUGAAAGAGAUAUUAAUGAUGAUUUGAAAGCUUUGACCAAAGUAAUAUCAAAUCGAUAAUUACUUAAAAAAUGACAUGAAGCAUGUGGAUACGGUUGUUAAUAAAGAGCGAUUGGUAACUUCUUUGAUUCGAUUAACUUUAUUGGUUGCUAUUUCGAUGACUUGACUUGAUGAAGUCUCUUCAACCUUCUCAGUCAAGAUACGAUUCAGGUUGUUCCCAGAAACAGGAGUAAAAUGAAAAGCUAGAAUUGGAUUCACCAUUUAGCUAAUUUUAAUUGUUUCAUUUUUCUCUAAUUAUCCAGAUCUCCAAAGGAAGUCUUUAUGAUCAAAUUCAUGAAAGGAAUUAAAAGCAUCAACUUCAUCAUCUCACAACUCAUCGAAUAAUCAAUUGGGAAUGGAUUCGAUUGUUAGAUAUAAAUUAAAUCAAUUUAUUGGCAAAAUCUUAUCCUAGCCUUUUUUGAGAGAUAGUUCAUGAAUAAGACAAACAUGUCAACCGUUUCCACUGCUAUCUCGGUUACUAAUGAAUUUAUGUCAAAAUAAGUUGUGUUCAUCAUAUUAAUAAUAUUAUUUUUGCUUCUUUUA